AUGUCGAGAUUCAGGGAGCUGCUGAUGCCAAUCUUGAUUCUUAUGAAGAAGAUGUUCAUUAUUUUGGGAAUUUCAGCAGCUAUAGCCUUCACAGCUGUUUUCCUUUCCUCACUUCAGAUAGGCAAAGAUAUCCUCUUUGGUAAGUAACAGAAAAAAUACAUAUACAGUUGUCUUGGGAUAUCCCAGCUGGUCCAGAAGGAUAACUGCAUUACUGAGGCUAUCCAGAAAGGCUCUAGUCUGGUGGAUUAUGCUUCAUGUUAUACACUGAAAAGAAAUAUUCAAGAAAAGGGAAUAGCAUCUCCUACCUUGCUGCUGGCUUUCUCAAAAUUUCCUGAACAAGAGAGUCAAGAUAUUUCCCAAGCAGCUGAACGAAUGGAAAUGUCAAUUCAAGUGCUGAAGCACAAAGUUUGCCAGAAGCACAAACGUUCAUUGCAUCCAACUGAUCUUUUAUCAUCUGAUCUGCUCACUAUGAUUGCAAAUAUUUCUGGAUGUCUGCCUUACAUGUUGCCACCAAAAUGUCCAAACAAUUGCGUAGCUAAAAAAUAUAGACUCAUCACUGGUGCAUGCAAUAACAGGGAACAUCCUAGAUGGGGAGCAUCCAACACAGCCUUGGCUAGAUGGCUUCCACCAGCCUAUGAAGAUGGACUCAGCCAACCUCGAGGAUGGAAUCCCAGUGUCAGAUACAAUGGAGUCCAACUACCCUUGGUUCGUGAGGUGACAAGAAAAAUUAUUCAUGCAUCUAAUGAGGCUGUUACUGAAGACAACCUGUACUCUGAUAUUAUUAUGGUAUGGGGACAGUACAUAGACCAUGACAUUUCAUUCACACCCCAGAGCACAAGUAGGACCACCUUCCUAAACAGAAUGGAUUGCCAGAUGACAUGUGAAAAGCAAGAUCCAUGUUUUCCAAUAAAGGUGACCACCAAUGACACAUUAUCUGCAGGAAUGGAUUGUUUGCCCUUCUACCGCUCAUCUCUUGCAUGCAGCACUGGUGAUCAUCGUGUUCUCUUUGGAAAUCUAUCAGUGGUAAAUCCAAGACAACAGAUCAAUGGACUGACUUCUUUCCUUGAUGCUUCUACUGUCUAUGGCAGUACCCCUGCCAUGGAAAGCAAGCUGAGGAAUUUAACAAGCAAAGAAGGCCUUCUUAGAAUAAAUACGAAAUAUUCUGAUAACCAUCGGGAAUAUCUGCCUUUUACUGACCAGAUCCCAUCACCUUGUGCACAGGACUCAAAUGCAAGUGGAGGUGAGAGGAUUGAAUGCUUUAUGGCUGGGGACAGCAGAUCCAGCGAGGUCACCUCCCUGGCAGCUAUGCACACACUGUGGCUGAGAGAGCACAACCGCCUGGCCAGAGCCCUCAAGAACAUCAACAGCCAUUGGACUGCUGAGACCAUCUACCAAGAAGCUCGAAAAAUUGUUGGUGCUCUGCAUCAGAUUAUUACUUUAAGAGAUUACAUUCCCAAAAUCAUUGGUCCAGAUGCUUUUGAUCUGUAUAUUGGCCUUUAUACAGGUUAUGAUCCCACAGUGAAUCCUACAGUUUCUAACAUAUUUUCAACAGCUGCUUUUCGUUUCGGUCAUGCAACAAUCCAGCCAAUAGUAAGAAGAUUGAAUGCACAGUACUUAGAUGAUCCAGAGCUCCCAAAUCUUUAUUUGCAUGAAGUUUUCUUUAGUCCCUGGAGGCUCAUUAAAGAAGGAGGCUUGGAUCCUUUGCUAAGAGGUCUUCUGGCACAUUCAGCAAAACUGCAGGUGCAAGAUCAACUACUGAAUGAGGAAUUAACAGAAAAACUGUUUGUGUUGUCCAAUAAAGGUUCACUUGAUUUAGCAUCGUUGAAUUUGCAGCGUGGCCGUGAUCACGGACUCCCAGGUUAUAAUGACUGGCGAGAAUUCUGUGGCUUACCAAAACUGGAAACUCAAACUGACCUGAACACAGUAAUAAAUAAUCACAAUGUCACUGAAAAGAUCAUGGAAUUGUACCAUAAUCCUAGCAAUAUUGAUGUUUGGCUUGGUGGUCUGGUAGAGGAAUUUCUUCCAGGUGCUAGAACUGGUCCCCUGUUUGCAUGUCUAAUUGGGAAGCAAAUGAAAGCAUUAAGGGAUGGUGAUCGAUUUUGGUGGGAAAAUGAUAAUGUUUUCACAGAAGCUCAAAAGCAUGAACUCAAAAAACACUCAUUGUCCCGAGUGAUUUGUGACAAUACAGGGAUUUCUGAAGUACCAGCAGAUGCCUUUCAACUUGGAAAGUUUCCAGAAGAUUUCAAGCAUUGUGACAAUGUACCUGGGAUGAAUUUAGAUGCUUGGCAAGAAUUCUAUCAAGAAGAUGAAAUAUGUGAAACACCAGAGAGUGUGGAAAAUGGUGAUUUUGUAUACUGUUCAGAAUUUGGAAAAUCUACAGUGUUUUAUUCAUGUCAGUAUGGAUUUCAGUUACAAGGAGAAGAGCAACUUACCUGCACGAGUAAAGGAUGGAACUUCAAAGCACCUGUUUGCAUAGACAUCAAUGAGUGUGAAAAUGAAAUUAAUCCACCAUGUUCUCCUUCUGCUAAAUGUGUUAACACUAAAGGCAGCUACAAAUGUCUCUGUAAUGGUCCUUACAAGCUGGCAGAAGAUGGAAGAACAUGCAUUGGUAAUGCUUGUGAACCUACUGCUCAUUAA